CUCUGGGCAAUUUUUGAUCGGCCAAUGACGGACUCGUCGAGGCCCAGAUCGCCGCAAGUAUAAAAUCCACCUCCUCCUCUUCUCUGAGAGGAACUCGAUCGCUUGAAAUGGCUCUCGCCCGAUCCCCAAACCCCUUCCUCUCUCCCUCCCUCACUCCUCCCUCCCGCCUCCCCCGACCCUCCCGCCACCUCGCGAUCCGGGCCUCCGCGGUCGCCGCACCCCAGACGGCCGCCGCGAAGGCCUCCCGGGAGUCCGCCGUCAAGUAUGUCAAGGCGCGCCAGAUCAUCGACAGCCGGGGGAACCCCACCGUUGAGGUCGACCUCUUCACCGACGCUGUCUACCGGUCCGCCGUCCCCAGCGGCGCCUCCACAGGGAUCUACGAGGCCCUCGAGCUGAGGGACGGCGACAAGAAGACCUACGGGGGCAAGGGGGUGCUCCAUGCCGUUAGGAACAUCAAUGAGAUCCUCGGGCCGAAGCUUGUCGGUGUCGACGUCAGGAAUCAGGCUGAUGUGGAUGCAAUUAUGCUCGAGCUUGAUGGAACACCUCAUAAAUCAAAAUUAGGUGCUAAUGCAAUCCUUGGAGUUUCUCUCAGCAUAUGCAGAGCUGGUGCUGGAGCUAAGGGAGUUCCUUUGUAUAAGCAUAUCCAGGAUAUAUCAGGAACAAAGGAACUUGUUAUGCCAGUUCCUGCUUUCAAUGUGAUCAAUGGUGGCAGCCAUGCUGGCAAUAACCUCGCAAUGCAAGAAUUCAUGAUAUUGCCUGUGGGUGCGGCUUCAUUUUCUGAGGCUUUCCGUAUGGGCAGUGAAGUGUAUCAUAUCCUUAAGGGUAUCAUCAAGGCAAAAUAUGGACAAGAUGCAUGCAAUGUGGGAGACGAAGGUGGCUUCGCUCCAAAUGUUCAAGAUAAUAGGGAAGGACUGGUCUUGCUUAUGGAUGCUAUUGAGAGGGCUGGUUAUACAGGAAAGAUUAAAAUUGGAAUGGAUGCGGCUGCUUCUGAGUUUUUCAUGAAGGAUGGAAGAUAUGAUCUGAACUUUAAGAACCAGCCAAAUGAUGGAGCUCAUGUUUAUACUGCUCAAAGCCUCUGUGAAUUAUAUAAAGAAUUUGUUAGAGAUUUCCCUAUUGUGUCCAUUGAAGAUCCCUUUGACCAAGAUGAUUGGUCCUCAUGGGCAUCAUUACAGUCUUCAGUCGAUAUCCAGCUUGUGGGGGAUGAUUUAUUGGUCACAAAUCCGAAGAGGAUUGCUGAGGCUAUUCAAAAGAAGGCCUGCAAUGGUUUGCUACUAAAAGUUAACCAGAUCGGUACUGUUACUGAAUCAAUUAAAGCUGCUCUGGAAUCGAAAGCUGCUGGCUGGGGGGUAAUGGUUAGCCAUCGUAGUGGUGAGACUGAAGACAAUUUCAUUGCAGAUCUUUCUGUUGGGCUGGCUAGCGGGCAGAUUAAAACAGGGGCUCCUUGCCGUAGCGAGCGGCUGGCUAAAUAUAAUCAGCUUUUACGGAUUGAAGAGGAGCUUGGUGAAGUCCGGUAUGCCGGCGAGGCUUUCAGAUCACCGUAGAGAGAUCUGUCGUGCUGGAGAGGCCCUCAACCUCCACAAAGAGUAAUUUGUUCGAGUUCAUGUUUAGCUGGAAAUAAGAACUCAUCCAAAUUUUAGAGAUUGUUGUGCCAAAGUGGGCUAUAGAUUAAAGAUGCAAACCAUUCAGAUGCAUUUUGGAAGGAACAUCUAUUAUUUCUUCUUCAGACAAUACAUAUGUAUUGUUCUUCCUGCUAUGCCGAUUUCUAUUCAUGAACUGUAUCGUUAUUGACUUUCAUAUAUUAUCGUCUGACUUCUGUUCUACUA